AUGGCGUCUGGCAUACAGGCGUGUGCUCGAUGCUCAGAUAAUUUCAUUGUGAACACCAAGAAUAUUUCUUGCGAUUUUUGCAAAAAGUUGUUUCAUCAUCAUUGUGCUGAGGUUGACGACAAAUUAGCUAAAGUUAAGCGUGAUUGUGCGGGAAUCAAAUGGUUCUGCAGCGGUUGUCUUCCAAUGAUAAAUGGCAAGCUGAAAAUGGCAGAUUUUGGGGAAGCAGUAUUUAAUCGAAUACCUGAAAAGUCUGAAGUUAAAAUGGUAUCUGGUUCACGGGCGUCAAGGAGCAGUGCUAGUGUGCCCGAAAGUGAUUUAGCUGUAUUGGAAAAAGAGAUUGAGUGCCUGGUAAGAGAAAAAAAUUUGAUCGAUAAAAUCGCAAACGAGAGAGGUUAUAUUGUGGAAAUUCAGAAAAAACUCAUAAGUGACCUUGAAGAUAAAUUCCGAAGUCAGCCAGUGGGCAACAGCAGCAAAAACAAAGAUUGUGUUUCGUACAGUGCUAUCGUGAAAAAAAUGGACCAUUCAUAUUUGUUGAUUAAGCCUGCAGAUCGUUCUACUUCGUACAAAACUGUUGAAAAUGAUUUUAAAUCUCGUUAUUCGCCUGGUGCUCUUAAUGUCAAUAUCAACAAGACUAAACUCACCAAAAAUGGUCUGAUGAUCAGCUGUAAUAGUAAAAAAGAUGUGGAGACUCUAAAAAAUUCUCUAAAAUCUGAUUUAGGAAAUAAGUUCGAUGUUUGUGAGCCUACCAAAAUGUUUCCUAGAAUGUUGAUACAGGGUGUACCUAGCGACUGUUUCAAAAAUCCUGGUGCAGAUAAACUUGAAUUUGUUGAUAGUUUUGUUGACGAUUUAAUAUUCAAUAACAAUUUAGGUGUUAAUUCAGAUGAUAUAAAAAUAAUUAGUUGCUAUAAGAAUGCCUAA